CGCCGGGGAUUUAUCAAAUGUAAAAAUGUCUGGGUCUGGAAGAAUGCAGCUUGUGAUGCUGAAUUUGGAUUCCAAAAAAAUCUGUAUUGCAUGAGCAGCAAAGGGAAUGCAAUUUUUGCUACGCGGAGAGGGAAUUUGUCAUGCGGAAUAGGCAUCGCGAAGCCCUCAAAAAAUCUGUGAUGCUAGGGCAUGCAUCACAGACAUCAUGGCCCAUGCAAAACAUGCAUGACAAGUCUCAGAAUCUUCCAGACCCAGACAUUUUUACACUUGAUAGGAUUGGGGCUCGUAUCCGACUCGGACGCGCACCCGCGAGAUCUAUGGCGUUCUCAACUGUUACACUCUCAGCUGUUACAUAAAUUUGUGACGCAAGAAUGGCAAAAGUAAUAGGGGCGAUGAUCUUGCGCCUCUUGCAUGACAGACUUUGGCGCCGAUUUAUUAUCACCCUAUUUGGCCCUCUGAGAAUUUGUCAUGCGAAGCAGCUUGAUGGUGUCGCUUCUGAAAAGGCAAUUUUGCAUGACAAACCAUGUAUUAACAGUUGAGAAGGUAACCGAUUUGAGAACGCCAUAACAUCUCGGUGGACAAGCAGGGCAGCGGAAACGACUGUGCAGAUCUGGAGGAAGUAGCCCACUGUAUUACAAGGAAAAAUGCCCCCUCCCCAUAUCAAAACAGAAAUCUGUGAUGCAGAUUUGUGGUCACAAAUCAGCUUUGUGAUGCUAGAAGGCAAAAGAUGCGGACGGUAGUGCUGCCUAGCGUGGGAUAGCCUUGCAGCUCCAGGAUGACAGGAGGCGACUGGAAGUGGGGAACAGCAUGACAGAUUGCCUGCAAUUUAGGCCGCAGCGUCGUCUCUUGGACUUCUAGCAAUACAAGUCGACUUGUGUACUCAAAUACAACAUCACAAAUUCGCGCAUCUUCCGUUUCCGAUAUGGGGUGGGGGCUUUUUUCACUUUGAUACACUGCACCCCCGGCACUGGAGCCGGGUUUGUCUCCUAUUGCCCGAUUCACUGCGAGAUGUCGGCCUGGAGUGACUGGAGCACCUGUACUGUGGGGAAAAAUCCCCCCUGCUCCCCAUAUCGAGACGAGGUUUCUGAUGCUGGAUUUCCGUACACACAUGCGCGCUGUCUUGCAAUACGACAUCGCAGCCAGAUCCUCAGCGUAGGUAGGGGCGUUUGCGUCUAGUUGUUUAGCAUUGCAAACGGCUGUCGCCUAGGCCCAACAGCAUGCCAAAUCGCUUCCAUAAUGGCGCGGAAGCCUUUGCGCUUGUCUUCUUGCAAGACAGAUUCGUGAUCUCAAAUCGGCAACGCAAAUUUUCGGAAACAUACCUUUUCGAUAUAAUGGGGAGGGGGGGUUUUUCCUUUUGAUAGACUGUGACAAAACCUGCGACACCGGCACGCAACGGAUCACCCGGACGCGCAUACAGGCCCCAGCUUACGGUGGUAACGGAUGCGAUGGCGGGGGCGCGCUCGAGCAAACGCGCACUUGCAACACGGACCCCUGUAUGCAUUGCAAAUAAUGUUGUCUGGGUCCUCUGGAAGAGUGCAACUUGAACUUGUGAUGCUGCGUUUGGAUUCUAAAAAAAUCUGUAUUGCAUGAGCAGCAAAGAAAGGAGUAGUCCACCUCUUGCUACGCGAAGAGGGCAUUUGUAAUUAUGCGGGAUAGGCAGCAAGACGGCCUGAAAAAAUCUGUGAUGCUAGGGCGUACAUCACAGAUCGAUCAUGGCUCAUGCGAAACGUGCAUGACAAGUUUGCGGCCUUCCAGAGGACCCAGACAUAUUUCCGAUGCAUACCCUGCCCCGUUGACUGCGUGGUGCACGAAUGGAACGAGUGGAGCGCUUGUAGCCACGCAUGCGGCCCAGACGGCACUCGUACGCGCGUCAAGCCGGUGACAGAGCCGCUGAACGAAG